AUGGCGCGCAAGCCCCUCGAAGAGGUCACCGAGGACGAGUUCCUCGCGGAUCUGGUGCGCACCCGAUGCCCCCGAUCGAUUCUUCACCCGCCCGCGCGUCCCGACGCGUCUCGCCCGCGCUCGCACGCGGCUGUUUCAAUAUUCCAGCGGCGACCCGCACUGCCCGCCAUACGAGCUGAAAAUCAUGCGCCUCCAACCCCCGUGCAGAUAUCCUUCCUGCAGGCGAAGGGCCGGUUCAAGCUCGCGCCGGAGGGGUGCGACCCCGAAUCCUUCCCGCGUCGCACCCUGAACGGCUUCAAGCUGGACCUCUUCGGCCUGUACCGAGCGGUGUGCGUCCGCGGCGGCUUCCCCCGCGCCGAUCGCAAAAAGUCCGACGCGCCCAAGCUGAACUGGACCCGGGACGUGUUCACCCGACUGGCGAACCACACGGACACGCACAAGGCCACCAGCGUGGGCCACGACCUCAUCACGCACUACCAGAACUACCUGGCGGAGUACGAGGACGAGCACCCGGAGGACGUGAGCGUACCAGACGCGGGUGACGACCCCGUCGAGUUUGAGCGCUGCGAGCCCAAACAAGUCGGCAAGCUCCCGGAGGGCGCCGGGGGUGCCGGCGAUGGGGCGACGGGAGGGCGGGGCCGCGGCGGCGCGCGCCGCGGACCCGGGCGUCCGAGGGGCAGCGGGCGCGGGGCGCGGGGUGGGGGUAGAUCUCGCGCUCGCGUGCCCCGCGUGAAGCGCAGAGCCGCGUCUGAUUUUCAGGUUGGCUGCCGCGUGAAGGUUUUCUGGCGCGCGAUGGACGAGUGGUACUCCGGGGUCAUCGAGGAGCAGGAGAGCUCGGAGGGUGCCGAGGGUGCCGAGGGUGCUGAGGGUGCCGACGCCGCCGAGCCCGUCGUCCUCAGCAAGGUGGUGUACGACGACGGAGACGUCGAGGUGCUCGACCUGGUCGGGGGCGUCGAGAAAGUCGUCCUGCUGACGUACGUCGACGGUUCCGCAACCUCCGACGCCGAGCUCGAGCCCGUCUUCGAGCCCGAAGGAGACUCCGAAGGAGACGACUCCGACGAAGAUCUACCGGGCGGAGGACGCGGAGGAGGACGCCGGUCGACUCGGGACCCUCGAAUCUCCGUCAGUCGCAGGACCCUGGCGAAAGAGGAGAACGCGCCGACGAGAGCGCCCGGCGGCGGGCCCGGCGCCAGAGAGCUCAGACGAAGGAACCCCGCGCGCGCCGCCGCCGCCGGCGCGGGUGGUAACGCGAACGAAGACGGCGAGCCCGACGACGCGAGGGUCCGGGCAGUGUUGGAGCGGAUGAAAGGUAACGAGGCGGCGAAAUCGUUGGCGGAGCUCGCGGCGGACGCGGAGCCCCCGGAGGAGGUGUUCAGGGUCGGGUACAAGAUGGGCGCCAGGCGGGCCAUCGCGUGCGCCGCCGCCGUCGUCGCCGCCGCGGCCGCGCGCGUCGGUUCCAAUCAUGUUCGAUCCGUUACGGCCGUUACAGCCGUUAGGGGUGACGGGGUCGAUCCGAAGGAGCGGGCGAAGGAACGGACACCGGAGUUGACGGCGACGGCGGCGGGAGGCGGCGGCGACGGCGGGGCGGCGGCGGCGGCGGCGGCGGUGGGCGUCGCCGCGUCCGGCGCGAGGGAGCGCCGCGUCCGGAAGAAAAACUCAAAGUACGCCGACGACUCGGACGACGACGAGGACAAGUCCGCGAAGAAGGCGAAGAAGAAGAAGAAGGACGGCGACGACGUCGACGACAAGGCGGCCGGCGAGAAGGCGGCCGACGGGAAGGGUACCAAGCAGGACGCCAAGCAGGACACCAAAAAGGGUUCCAAGUCAAAGUCCGAGUCCCCCGGGGUGGAAGACCGCGCGGCGGAGCGAUCGGACGCGCUGGAACGAGAGCUUGAGGAUCUCCGUUCCGAGGUGGCCGAGCUCCGGCGAGAGAAGGCGAUCCGGGAGGAGGGCGAACGGCGCGGGGAGAAGCUCGCGCGCGACGCCGCGAAGGAGGGCGGCGCGUGGGACGACCCGACCGCGUCCGCUGCCGCCGACCCGACUCUCACCCGCGUCCUCGCCGCGCUCGAAGAGAUCCUCGCCAAGGAAGUUUUUGACCCCAGAGUCGACGACGACGAUUUGGACGAAGCGUACGACGGCGAAGACGAGCUGGACCUGGGCGCCCCGUGCGGCGACGACGACGCGCGCGGGAUCGACACCGACGCCGUGCGCGCCGUGCUCGGCGUCGACGCCUCCGCCGAGCGGUGGAGGGCGGAACGCGGGUACAAUCCAAACGCGUUAAAUAACGCGGCGCAAACGAACCGAAGCUUUCCGCCGGUUCCUCCCGGAUCCGCCGUCCUAACGGCACCCCCGUCGGCACCCCCGUCGGCACCCCCCGCGCUUCCCCCCCUCCCGGUCCAAUCCCCCGCGGACAUCGUCGCGGCGGCGUACGAGGAGGCUCGCCAGAAACGGGCCGCCGCGGAUGACGCGUUGGCCAACAUCCUGGACCCGGUCAAGCUCGAGCAAGUCCAGGCCGACGCGUACAAUCCCAAGCCGACGACGACGGUGGGACGGCUCAUCAAGGCGGCGAACAACGCGGCGACGCGCGCGGAGCGCAUCGCCGCGGGCGGCGGCGGCGACGGGCGCGCACUGAGGGUGGCGGGUAUCAAACGCGCGGGUCCGGGCCGCCCGCCGGGGUCGACGAGUCGAGCCAAGCUCGUCGCGAAACCCGCCGGUACCAGGCCGUCGCAGGCGGACAUGAUGGAGAGGUGCGGGCCGGGCGCGGACGAUUACGAGUUCAGGCCGCCGCUGGGGCAGAGCGCGAGGGCGGCGGCGGCCAAGGCGUUCGACACGGCGAAGGCUUUGGAUGAAAAACCAUCCAAAGACGCAAAGGCUUUGGACAAAAAACCGAACGGGGGGGACGGCGGCGAGGACGGCGGCGAGGACGGCGGCUUGGAGAAAGGCGUGGAGAAAGGCGGGGCGGUUAGUUGGGGCGACGGGGGUCGUGUCAUCGACGGGGACAGGGCGCUCACCGGCUGGCUCACCAAGCGGGGCUGGGGCGAGUACGCGGCUGCUUUCGCCGCAAAGGGGUUCACCCUCGCCGGGCUCGGCUCGUUGACGAUGCAGAACCUCGAGGAUACCGUGACGGACCGAGCGGACGUCCGCGAGGCGAUCUGGGGCGCCAUCGAGGCGAUGCGGAGCCGGGAAAAGGACGUCGGUGUCCGCGGGAGGGAGCCGGCGAGGACGCCGAAGUCGGCGAAGCGUCCGAGGACGAACUGA